AUGUGCGGGAGAUAUUCUAUGUCUUUUGCGCCGGGCGAACUGCCUGCCCAAUUUGCGCAGCAAAAUCUUAAUAUUGAUCGCAUUGAAGAUGCUGACUUAUGGUCUGCGAAACGGUAUAAUGUCGGGCCUCAAUGCAUAGAACCUGUUUAUUUCUUUAAUGUGGAGCACGAAAGUACUACACCUUUGUUGCGCUAUAUGAAAUGGGGUGUAACACCAAAGUGGGCCAACCAGAAAUCACAGAAAUUGUCCACAUUUAAUGCCAGGUAUGAGAACAUUGAGCACAGCAAGAUUUGGUCGCACUGUCUUGAUCAUAGGUGUGUUAUUCCGAUCGAAGGUUAUUUUGAAUGGAAAACUGAUUCUUCAAAAAACAAGCAACCAUGGUUCAUCCGUCGCAAAGACCACAAACUAAUGUUUCUUGCUGGUUUGUACUCAAUAGCAAGUGAUGGCAAGUAUGAGUACACAAUCAUCACUAGGGAGGCCCCCAAACAAUUGGAAUGGUUGCACUCACGCAUGCCAGUCGUUCUAGAGCCUGGCACAGAUGAGUUUAACAGCUGGCUCGGGCUUAAGGAUUCCAACUGGGAUAAGCUGAGCAAAUUACUCAAAGUGCAUGAAAAGGAAGACCUUGAGUGGUACAAGGUGAAGAAAGAAGUCGGAAACGUGAAAAAUGACGGAGAGGAUCUGGUGAAACCUAUCAAACAGGAGAGCUUACAGGGGUUUUUCAAAAAAGAAGAAACAGAGCCUAUCAAAAGUGAGUCCAAAGUAUCAAUAAAGGAUGAGGAGAAAAAAGACUCUGCGUCACAGGAGACUGUCACGCUUUCUCACAAAGAGCCGGUUAUCAAAAAAGAAGAAAAAAACAUAAAUGACUCACCUGCGAAGCGACGUAAGAAUUCAAGUCCUCCAACGUCAUCGCCGCGCAAGAAACAGCACACGAUCACAGAUUUUCUUCACAAAUAA